CACAAUCACCAUCUUUCAUUGUCAACUCAGGGCACAGCUAUCUGAAUCGCUUGCGUAUUGCACUGAACUAAGUAAGAAAGCUAAAAACUAUCUCGACUUGAGUCCCUCGACUCCGGCCGCCCAACAUGAUGUCCGGGUGGUUUGCCUCCAACACGGCGCUAGAUGAGCAGAUCGAGCGGGCAACGUCCUCCAGCUUAGAGGAUAUAUCCCUGAAUCUCGAGAUAUCCGAUGUCAUCCGGUCGAAAACUGUGCAGCCGAAGGAGGCCAUGCGGUCUCUGAAGCGGAGAAUAGGCAACAAGAAUCCCAACUUCCAGCUAGGCGCACUUAAUCUCACCGAUACCUGUGUGAAAAAUGGCGGUUCUCAUUUCCUAGCAGAAAUCGCAUCGCGCGAGUUCAUGGACAACCUGGUGUCACUGCUUAAAGCCUACGGACCUGCGGCAGUGAAUGACGAAGUCAAGAACAAGAUCUUGGAAUUAAUACAGACGUGGGCUACAGCUACAGAAGGCCGCCACGAACUAUCAUAUAUUGGAGAGGUUUACAGGACAUUGCAGCGUGAGGGAUAUAAGUUCCCACCCAAGGUGGACGUUGCUAGCAGCAUGCUUGACAGUAGUGCCCCUCCGGAGUGGACCGACUCAGAAGUCUGUAUGCGUUGCCGAACCGCAUUCAGCUUUACGAAUCGCAAGCACCAUUGCCGCAAUUGCGGUAACGUCUUCGACCAACAAUGUUCAUCGAAAACGAUCCCUCUACCUCAUCUCGGUAUACUUCAGUCGGUACGAGUUGACGAUGGCUGCUACUUUAAGUUGACGGAUAAGUCGUCGAAGGGGGGGGGUUCGUUUGCCAUCUCGCCUCCGGCGCCUUACAAGUCAAGAACCUCGCCAUUGCAGCCGAUGCAGCCGAGAAAUGCCAGGAUAGAUGAUGGUUUCGAUGAGGAUCUGAAGCGAGCACUAGCUAUGAGCCUUGACGAAGUCAACGGUCAGGCAAACGGAGGUUACGUUCCCCAGGCAAAAUUACAACAAAGUUCAGGGCAGCAAGAACAGGCAAAUGGCGGAAGGCCAACCGCAAGCCCUACAAAGCCGGCAGAAGAAGAGGAUGAUGACCUCAAGGCUGCUAUCGCUGCAUCUUUGGCAGACAUGGAGGAGCAAAAGCGCCAACAUGCUGCAACCUUGAAAGAGUCCUCAUCCAACAGAGCAUCAUCCGCCCCCUUCAAGUUGCAAAAGAACGAUUAUGAGUUAACCCCGGUUGAAGCCGAAAAUAUCAACCUAUUUUCUACGUUGGUUGAUAGGUUGCAAACUCAGCCGCCAGGUACCAUCCUUAGGGAACCACAAAUCCAGGAACUGUAUGACAGCAUAGGCAGUCUUCGCCCGAAGCUAGCGAGAACUUACGGGGAGACAAUGAGCAAGCAUGACACAUUACUUGAUCUUCACGCUAAGCUCUCCACUGUUGUUCGCUACUACGAUCGAAUGCUUGAAGACCGCCUAUCCAACACAUACAGUCAACACUCCCUCGGAGGAUAUAAUAUGCCGCCCCAACAGCGGCAAAAUGCUUAUCCAUCAAUCCCAUCCAAUUUGCAAGAAGGCCCUGGUGGGGCAGAGAGCUUCUACACAGGUCAGGCACCAGCACAGACCGCAUCACCAUAUGGCGCGGGGCCUCCUCAGCAAUAUGGCGGAUAUGACAAAAUGCAUACGGCCACUCCCGGGAACUAUCCAGGCCUUGAGCAGCAGCGCGAAAGCUAUCCUCAGCAAGCACAACCUCAAAGGACGGGCAGUUGGCAAGCAGCAAACCCUGCGGCAGGUCCAUAUGCCCAGCAGCAACAAAAUGGGGCUCCUGGUUUCGCUCCCGGCCAGGCGCCUCCUGAUCUUAAGCCUUCUGAGCCAGCAAUGAGCCCUCCAACUGAUCCAAAUGCGGCAUUCUACUACGGCUCCCAGCAGCCAGGCCAAUCCAAGGAGGCCCCGUCGCAGCCACAGGCACCUCAAGGGCCAUCAGACCCAAACCAGGGCUACUACGCAAGCCCACAACAUCAGCAUGCAAUCCCUGACCCAAAUAUGUAUACAAGUCCUCAACGGGGGCCAUCUGAUCCCAACCAAACGCAAUACUCUUCUGCUCCACCACAAUCUCAGCAAGCACCACAGGCACAACAAACACAACCCUCACAGACCCCAUACCAACAACCAUAUUGGCAGAGUCAGCAGCAGAAUACUGCGCCGCCGCAAGCAUGGCAGGAACCAUCUCCGGCUGCGUCGGGGUACACCCAGUCAGCAUUUCCCUCGGCGCCUCAGCAUGCCCCCCAAACCAAGGCCGCGGCUGUUGAAGAGCCUUUGAUAGAAUUCUAGCGUUAUUAUCAGGAUAAGGAAAUACCAGGCGUUAUACCAGGGUACGAUUGUAAUGAUAUCUAAAAUGGCACGGUUGUAUUUUUAGGCGGGUGCAGAGGGCGAGUAUUUAUAUUUCGAGUGAUAUAUUAACUUAUUCCCA